AUGUCCAAUACCAUCACGUUUUUCGACAUCACCAUCGGAGGUGCACCCGCUGGCCGUUUGACUUUUGAGCUAUUUGACGAUGUCGUGCCAAAGACCGCCGAUAACUUCAAACACCUUUGUUUAGGAGACAAAACGAACGCUUCCGGUCGAAAACUUGCUUAUGAGGGGUCUGUUUUUCACCGAUGUAUAAAGAGUUUCAUGCUUCAAGGUGGUGACUUCACCAAUGGGAAUGGGACUGGUGGAGAAUCCAUAUACGGCGAGAAGUUUGCUGACGAGAACUUCACAUUGAAACACGAGAAACCAAUGCUACUCUCCAUGGCUAAUGCAGGGCCGAAUACCAAUGGGUCACAGUUUUUCAUCACCACCGUUCCCACUCCUCACCUCGACGGUAAACACGUCGUUUUCGGUAAAGUCCGUUCCAACCGAGGACUUGUAAGACGGAUCGAAGCUCUUCCUACAACCUCCGAUAAACCUCACGAAGAAGUGAAAAUCGCUGCUGCUGGUGUAUUGACAUCAGAAGAUCUCGACAAAGAGGAAGAUGAGAAGAAGAAGGCUCAAGAGGGAAGUGGGGGUGAAGACAUCUGGGAGGACUACCCACAAGAUGAAGAGGGCAUUGAUGCUGAGAAGGCAGACGAAGCUCUGAGUGUUGCUCUCAAGCUGAAGGAUGUUGGAACUAAGGAAUUCAAAGCUGGUCAAUACGCUACCGCUCUCGAUAAGUAUCAGAAAGCUCUAAGGUAUCUUGAUGUUCACCCGGUUUUGCCUGAUGAUGCCCCGAAAGAACAAGUUGAGGGAUACCGAACUGCUCGAAUUCCACUCUUGACCAACGCUGCUCUUGCCGCGCUCAAAUGUACACCUCCCGCAGCUACUUUAGCAAUGAUCCUCACCACUCGAGCGUUAGCAAUAGAAAACCUCACUCCUGCUGAAAAGGGUAAAGCUUUAUAUCGAAGAGCUUUAGCUGAGAUACAAAAGAAAGAGGAGGAGGAAGCAGAGAAAGAUCUUAAAGCAGCUCUGGAAUGCGUACCUGGAGAUGCAGGUAUAAUAAAAGCUCUGAAAGAUGCUGAAAAUAAAAAGAAGGAGAAAAGAGAUAAAGAAAGGAAAGCUUUCAGUAAAAUGUUCGGUUAG